AUGACCAUGCUUAACGAGUGCCCAUUGAACCUGUCAAAGGCAUCAAGGCUGUAUCUUAUAGCUCGCUGUAUAGAAAUCUGUCGUUUAAGGAGGAGGGGGAGAAGGAAUGAGAGAAAUCAUGUUGAAGAUGAAGAUGAUAAUAAUAAAGACGAAGAAGUAUCUUUACAAUCCUGGUCAAGAGACAGCAUAACAGCAUUCAACAGAACAGUUGCUGCUCUUCAUAUAAAGUUUAUUAAUGAACCUCUUGCGUCCAUUGAUGUUUCUGGGUAUUUAUACAUCAGAAUAUGUGCUCCAGAAACCAACAUAAAGUUUUUUGACCAAGCAAUAUAUUUAUAUAGUCCAACAGAAUCCAUUGUACUGACUGUAUGCAACAAGUCUACUGAAACUGCGCCAUUGCCUUUUAUGGGUUCGUAG